AUGUCCACACCUUCGGUCAAAGUUCAUUCUUAUUCAGAGGAACCAGUUGCUUAUGUGGGUUCAUUUUUCAAUGGUUUAGCAGUACCCAAGGGCACUGAAUUUGAAGUAUAUCAACACAAAAAAAAUGGAGAUUUUCUUGUUCAUGGUGAAAGCGAAACUUUGGAAUAUAAUGGAAAGACCAGUGCAGAUGAAAAUGAGUACGUUGUGGCUGUUUAUGAUCGAAACAAGAAUGCAGUAGAACUUUACAAAACGCCAUAUAUUCCUACUAAAGUCACCGCCAAGAAGAAUAGGGUUUACAAAGGCCCUUUGGUGAAAUCUUUCGGUUUGAAGAAUGUUGCUCAGCGGAAAGCUUUGGGAGAAGCUUUUGGAACGAAAAAGGCCAAAGCGGCAAUAACGAAUUUGGAAAAGAAUAGAAUUGACUCGGAUAAAUUGCAAGAUAUUGAAUUGGAUAUUGUUGAUACAGUGCAGGAAAGCACUAAACCACUUGAGAUUGAGAAAGCCACAGGACCCGUUCCCAACCCCAAUGUUCAUGCAACAAAUGUCGAAGACGUUUACCCUAUCGAUAGCAUUGUUCCGCAAAAGACUUGGGGCUAUAUCCGGGCUCAGCCAUUAUUAUCAGAUCCUACGCCAUUGAACCUUUUACCUUCUCAGCCCGAGUUUGUCAAACCAAUCUUAUCUAAAUUAAGAGACGCAAAGAACAUAAAGGGUUUGCAAUUACUCUAUUAUUCCGCACUUUUAUUUGGCGUUUAUGAAAAUCGAAGAGUAUCGCAAAAGGAGGCGCUAAUGACGAGGCUAAAAAAUAUACCAUCUGAGGUUUUGGUGGAUAACAUUCUAGAUCAAUUUGCUAUUUCGCGCUCGUCGAAAUUCGGUAGAUCCAAAGAAAAGUCGUUUACUAUAGAUCCUCACCACGAGGAUAAGUUGUUGUGCUACUUGUUUAUCAUAUUGCUACAUUUGUCAAAUUUCAGCAUUGAAUUGAAUCCGUUGGCCAAAGAUUUAAAGAUGAAACCAACAAGGUUGGUUGCAUUAUUUAGAGCACUAGGUGCUACUAUAAAAAGCGCAACAGUCGCAGAAGCAGAGGCAUUGGGAAUACCAAAAAGCGCGGCGGGAACGUACAAAAUUGCAAAUUUGAAGGUACCGUUUAAAUUGCCGGAAAUAACCAGGAAGAAGUUCAGAUCGUAA